UUUUAAAAAUAACUUCAUAUUUCUGGAAAUUAUAUUAUUCAUCGUAUACUCCUACUCUCAGUCGUAGUGUAUAUUGUUGAUGGUUGGUGAAACUGCCAUUCUAUUUUUAUGCGACUCUGGAAAAAUAUAUGCUCUGAGAUAUGUAGAGUGAAUUUGUGCCAUACGGAGUAAUAUUCUCAUUUGAUUCAUUUAUGAAAUGUUUUCUUGGUUUUAGUGAUGCAAAAGAGAAGGCUCUUCAACGAUCAUGUAGUUUGGGAUUAGAUUCUGUGUGCUGUGAAUUGGUUAUAAGAUGGGAGGAGCUUGUUCUAGGAAGCGAGACCAAUGGGUGGAUGAUGACAGCAUUCCUAGAGGAGCUUCUGGAAGAUAUUGCAAGACUGGUAGCUCAAAAUGGCUUGGAAAAUCACUUUCUCGAGCAUCUUCAGAUGCUAAACAAGGAACAGGAAAAUGCCCGUCUCUCAUGGAGUUGUGCAUCUGUAGAAUUUGUGAAGACAUUUACAAAUACAAAACAUUCUCCAUGCUACCAAGGGACAUAACUCAACAAAUCUUUGAUGAAUUGGUUUAUUCACAAUGUUUAACUAAAGUCAUCCUUGAAGCAUUUCAAGAUUGUGAUCUUCAGGAUCUUAAUUUGGGAGAAUACCCUGGCCUUAGUGAUAGUUGGAUGGAUGUCAUAUCUUCACAGGGUUCAUCUCUACUUUCCGUGGAUCUUUCUGGUUCAGAUAUCACUGAUUUUGGAGUAAUUCUUCUCAAAGACUGCAAAAAUCUGCAAGCACUAAAUUUUAAUUAUUGCAACCAAUUCACAGACCAUGGACUGGAACAAAUUAGUGGUCUGUCAAACUUGAUAAGUCUAAGUUUUAGAAGAAACAACACAAUUACAGCCCAGGGAAUGAGUGCUCUAUCUGGCUUAAACAAUUUGGUAAAAUUGGAUCUGGAGAGAUGCCCUAAGAUCCAUGGUGGCCUUGUGCACCUUAAAGGUCUAACCAAGCUCCAGUCUCUUAACCUCAAUUGUUGCAGUUGCAUAACUGAUGCUGAUAUGAAGCCACUUGCAGGUCUUAUAAACUUAAAAGACUUGCAAAUUUCAUCCAGCAAGGUUACAGAUUGCGGUGUUUCUUAUCUAAAAGCUCUGCACAAGCUUACUCUGUUGAACAUGGAGGGAUGCCCAGUUACUGCAUCAUGCUUGGAGUCUCUUUCAGCCCUUGGUUCCCUUUUAUAUUUGAAUCUGAGCAGAUGUUAUCUGACAGAUGAUGGAUGUAACAAGUUCUCAACCCUGCAGACUUUGAAAGUAUUGAACUUGGGAUUUAAUGAGAUUUCAGAUGGCAUUCUUGUACACCUUAAAGGUUUAACAAGUUUGGAGACCUUAAACUUGGAUUCAUGUGAGAUUGGAGACAAAGGACUGGUCUACUUGGCUGGCCUUAAACGUCUAAAGUGUUUGGAAUUGUCUGACACUGAAGUCGGAAGCAGUGGACUCCAUCAUCUUUCAGGGUUACAUAAUUUGGAGAGUUUGAAUCUGUCAUUCACUGUCAUCUCGGAUUCUGGCUUGAGGAAGUUAAGUGGGUUGUCAUCGCUGAGAUCACUUAAUUUGGAUGCUGGGAAAGUUACGGAUGCUGGGCUUGCGGCUCUCACAAGUUUGACAGGAUUGACACAUUUGGAUCUCUUUGGAGCUCGAAUUACUGAUUCAGGAACAAACUACUUAAGAUAUUUCAAGAACCUGAGGUCCCUGGAAAUUUGUGGUGGAGGCUUGACUGAUACUGGUGUGAAGAACAUCAAAGAUCUUACAUCCCUCACUUUGCUAAAUCUUUCACAAAACUCUCAUCUGACCGAUAAAAGCUUGAUAACAAUUUCUGGGUUGACAUCACUGGUGUCUUUGAAUGUAUCAAAUUCUCGCAUAACAAGUGCUGGUUUGCAACAUCUGAAGCCACUCAAGAAAUUGAAAUCCUUGACACUUGAGUCUUGCCUGGUAACAGCAGAUGAUAUCAAGAAACUUCAGUCAACCGACCUCCCCAAUCUUGUGAAUUACAGGCCCGAAUGAUUCUCGAGGGAAAACCUUUUGUGCAUAGAUCAGCAUUCAGCAAUGAACUAUUCCACUAGUUGAAUUGUAAAUACACCAUUGAUUCUUUUGGACAAAUCAGAUGUCACUCUGUCUUCUUCAUGCCAGAUGUGAAGCUUUCUUUCAUAUGAGAACAACUAUAUGAAGAGGAAUGUAAAUAAACUUCCUUGGUAUGUUUCCUAACUUUGGUUUAGGUUUGCCUAUUUCAAUUGUAUCUAUUUCCAGUCGGGGGACACAAAUAGAUUUAUCAUCAUAUUAAUAAACGACUGAUUAGUGUCA